AUGUUCCGCCAGCCAUGGCACGAUCGCGUGGCAUCACGGCGUCGCCUUUUCAAGGUCGCCGUUGCCGUCGGCUUGGUCGGUCUGGUCAUGCUUUACCGCAGCCUCUGGUACGACAUCUCCUCGCCCGUUCCCUAUGUUCCCUGGACACGCACCGACUACGGCGGCACAUGGAUGAAUGGGGCCUAUGCAGACGUUGAGGGCGUCACAGCCGCGCCGCCCGCACGCUGGACGCUGCCACCAAACGCGCCCGGCAAGGCCAAACACCAGCGCACGGCGCGCGUGCACGCCCAGCUGAUCCUCGAGCAGGCCGAGGCGACGCCCGACCAAAACCACCUGGGAUGUCCCGCCCUGAACCACGAACGAUACGCCGAGCUGGUGCCGCAGCCUAGCGAGGGGGACGGCAACUCGCACAACUCCCACCGCACCUACUUUUUUUGCACUCGACUUGCGCCGGGUCCCGUGCGCUUCCUGGGCCCCGCCAACUGCGUCGUCUCCAUCGUCGAGGGCCACUCGAACGACGGCACCUACGAGACGCUCCUCCUCCUGCAAAACGCCCUCAACGCCAUGGGCGCCGUCGUCUACAUCCAGAGCACCAGCAUCAACCCCCUCUUUGGCGACCGCAUCGGCAAGCUCGCCAAGCUGCGCAACCUCGCCCUCGAGCCCAUGCACCUCGAGUCGGCCAACAUGCACCCCGACCAGAGCGUCAUUCUAUUUCUCAACGACGUCGCCGCCUGCACCGAAGACCUGCUCGAACUGGCCCUUCAACGGCGUCGCCAGCACGCCGACAUGGCCUGCGCCAUGGACUACCACCGCCUCGACCGCCAGUACGACUACAAACUGACCUUUUACGACGUCUGGAUCUCGCGCACCAUGGACGGCGAGGCUUUUAUCAUGGCCCCACCGGGCCUCGCGCAGUGGCGCUUCGCCGACGACCUGUUUCCGUACGACGACCUCGCGCGUGCACGCUAUGCCCAGCGCCGGCCGUUCCAGGUGUUUUCGUGCUGGAACGGCGCCGUCGCUCUCACCGCCCGGCCGUUCUUUGACAAAAAGGUCGAGUUUCGCCGCGCGUACAAGAAUGUCGGCGAAUGCGGCGCCGGCGAGCCGACCUUGCUGUGCAAAGACAUGUGGAGCCAGGGCUACGGCAAGAUCGUGGUGGUGCCGUCCGUCAGUCUCGGGUACUCUGUGAACGAAGGGCUCGACGUCAAGGGCAGCAUGGGCUACACGGCCAAUUGGACGGCCACAGAGGACGCCGGGGGUGACGGCAUUGAGCCCAUGGCCGUCGACUGGGACCCGCGGCCGCCCACUGUGGUACGCUGCAUUCCCAGUUGGCGCAAGCAGUUCUGGCAGGCCUGGGACUUUGGCGUGGGCAAAUUGCGCGCGAGCAAAGCGUAG